AUCGUGUUGACUGUUGUUCGUUGUCAUUCAUGUCAUUUGUGCCGUCGACAUAAUGAAUGAUAACCGUACAUGCGAUAGCUCCUCUGGAUAUUGCUAAUGGUGUACUUCAAUGCUGUGAUAUAUUUUCCCGUGCCAGUGGGUCUUCGUCCUGUACUUGAGAACUAAUUCUCGGGGAACUCUACAAUGGAUCCAAACAGUCGUAAUAAUAAUGCGGAUACAAGCGUUGAGUGGCAGGAAGCUGAUGAUCAUAUUGAUCAACUUCAUAGUGGUGAAGCUGUUAGAUCUGAAAAUGACAUUGGUAUGGAUUUACUGAGUGGACAUGAAGCUUCUGAUAAAAAUGAGAUUGGAGGGCUGUCUGCUGACCUAGCUGAAAAUGUCGGUCAUGAAACUCAACACCUUGUCCCAAAUGGAACACUGCAGGUUUCUGGUGUUCGAGGUUCGUCUCUCAGUGUUGCAGCAAGUGUCACUAAAUCGAUCAGUUUCUGUGAAUUGAAUCUCAAACCUGAGAUCAACCCUUAUCCGGUACAUCCGGUGCCUGGUCGCCAGAAGAUGUCUCGUAAGAAGCAAGUUACCCUCAUGAAAGAUUUAUUUGUGGUUUCCAUUGCAUUUAUGUUACUAUAUUCUGGCUUCAAUGGUAUUCAGAAUAUAGCGAGUUCCCUAUUUCAAGACAAGGGGCUUGGUGUUUUGUCAUACAGCUGCUAUUACGCAUGUGGAAUAACAUCGUGUUUUCUCACUCCUAUAAUUUUAAAGAAACUGACACCAAAAUGGACUCUGGUUCUGAGUCACAUAUUAACGUGUCUAUUUCUGGGCUCGUUGCUUUAUCCUCGAACUUACACUCUAAUUCCGUCCUCACUCCUACUUGGCAUAACAAAUGGACCACUCUGGGCUGCAGCGGCCCUCUAUGUAUCCGCAGCUGGCUUUGAAUACGCAGGUCAAACAGGCAAAACUGUUGCACCAGUUAUCAGUCGUUUUCAUGGAAUAUGGAUAUCAUUUCAACAGGUCUCCCAAAUCUUUGGCAAUCUUUUGUCGUCACUGGUGUUCCAACUUGGUGAAAUGGCAAAGCCAGAAUCAUAUUAUGGUCGAGUGUGCGGUGCAGAGCAAUGUCCAGUUUUUGGCACCAGUACCAACAGCAACACAUCGUCAAUCAGGAGAACUGGCAGCACGUUGCCUCGGAAUAUGUCUAACUCCCAGAAUUAUACCUUGUUCGAGUUCACAAAAAACAAACUCAACAACUCUUAUGAUCAUAGUUCGCAUGAUACAGAACAUCUGAACAAAAUCUAUAUUCUGGGUGGAGUGUACAUCUCUUUGGUAGUAGUUGCAAUAAUUCUCCUUAUUGCACUUCUGCGCGUCUUCCGUGCCUCAAGUGCCGUUCAUGACUUUGGGAGCACUGUGAGUAUGAUGAGUGUGAUGUCGGACCAACAAUCCAUUGGGAAUCUACUGCUGUCCUCAUUCAGGCUUUUGAAGAAACCCAAGAUGCUGCUUCUGCUGCCGAUGUCAUACCUGACUGGGAUGCAUCAAGGCUACCUAUAUGCUGACUUCACUCAGGCGUACAUUAGCUGUACCAUUGGUGUAAGCUGGGUUGGGUAUGCCAUGAUCUGCUAUGGCAUCACUGAUGUUAUCUUCUGCUAUGUUGGUGGCAAGCUCAACAGAUUGGUCGGACGUGUCGCUCUCUACACUGGAGCAUUCACUGUGCAAUCUGCACUUGUUCUCACAUUAAUUCUGUGGUCACCAUCCCCGGAUAGCCUUGCUCCAUUCUUCAUCAUCCCUGCUCUGUGGGGAAUGUGCGAUGCAGUCUGGCAGCCACAAACUACAGCUCUCCUGUCAACGCUAUUCCCUCACCGCCAGGAGGCCAGCUUUACUAACUUCCGUCUGCUCCAUUGUUUGGGGUUUGCGAUCACGUUUGGAUACAGUCAGGCCCUGUGUAUCAGUGUCAAGUUCUACAUCUUUCAAGCAAUCAUGACAUUUGCAUUUAUCUGUUACAUUAUCUUGGAGAUGAGGUUACGAAAAUCAAAAUGUUUGUUUACGAAUGGAAAUGUGGCAGGCAAGACUAUUGUCAUCAACGGUGUUAAGCCAGGUGAGAAUCGGAGGAAUUGAUGUCAUGUCUAGCCAAAGAGCUUAGGAUGACCAAUUGACCAGCAUUUUGACCUGAACACCAAUAUACCAAACAAUUAAUUUAUGGUACACAGAGAGCGAUCAAUUAUUUAUAACUUUCCUUCUUGUUGAUUUGGAGUUUGACUGCUGCUCAACUACACGAGAAAGAAAUGCAUUGUCAUUGCUAACUUGUGGAUUAUUAUCAUAGUUAUGAAAUUACUAUACUGUACUUUCAUAAAGUGCAUGUAUUAAUAAGAAUAGUCUUUUAAUUAUUGUUAUUAAGACAGCUACUGUUUUUGCCAUAUUUAAAAGUUUGGUUUUUUUAGAUAUGCACAUGAUGAAAAUGUUUUGACCAGCACCAUUGAGUUGAAUUGUUUGAAUUUAUUGCAUCUUUACUACAUAAUGAAGUGGCUUUAAUAGGACUACCUCAGCAUUCCUUGGUUUAUUUGGAGAAAUUGGCACCAUUCUUGCAAAUAAUAUUUGCAAGAACGGUGCCAUAUAUUAUAUGCUUUGUAAUCUUGUUGAUUGUUGGUACAAUGUAGUAUCAGUAUUAUUGAUUCCUGCAAGGCUGAAUUCAUCUUGAAUGCUGUCUGAUUAUGAAUGCAUUUGUGAGUUAUUGGAUAUUUUGUUAUGUUAUGGUAGAAUCCAAGGUUAUGGGUAUAUCCAGGGUACGUAUGCAACUGGACUUAUGUGCUUGACAGCUUACAUGUAUCUCCACUCGACUCCACAUCAGCAAAGACCUGCAGCCUUCUGUGCAGUGUAGAGCUAAAAAACUUGUAUAGGGUGUAUUCGACAAAGGCCUCGGUCACAGGAGUAAUCUGCAUGGUUUACUGUUAAUGUUUGCAUUCACUUUAUAUUGUGUUCAUGACAAUUCCCAAGCACCAAUCAUUUCCCCAUUCAGUCACGGCCAGGUACAUUAGUUGGUAUAGUUUUAGAGUUCCUGUAUACAUGCUUCCCGAAAUUGGUGGCUUGCAUUGGAACUAACUUUUUCCCCCUUGUCCGUCAUUAAAGGCAUUCAAGUGUGUUGGUCAACCAUGACUAUCUCCUUUGUCCCUCCACCAUAAGGCCUAGUUUCCCCUUAUGACAUCACUAUUUCGGACACUCAGCGCCCCAUUUCUGGAAAGGUGUAUAGAAGGCAGAUCUACCGACUACUCUUUGAGACCAUCCCAUCUUGUCGAGGAUGGAGAGAUCUUGACAUAUCUUGACAAAAUGGAAAUGCUCUUUGUUGAUAAGGCUGUCCCAUUUUUACUACAUGUGCUUUGGGAGCUACAGGUUGUGUACAUUUUACCAACAUUAUAUUGUACAUUUGCUGGUGUGACAACAUCACACCCAUUGCACAGAAACUAGGCAUUUUAUCGGUGAUGACUGCCAUCGACAUUUUCUCAAAAAUCUUCAACAAACAAAGAUGUUUAUAAUGAUAGUUGACAUGUAUUUUAUCCUUGCUGUUUGUUUGUGAUGUGUCAUAAUGAUAAUAAAAUGAUCUUCCAUAGUAGUAAUGAUGUGUAAGUCCACAUACAUGUACGUAGUGUUAUUUUGGGAUUAAAUGUUCGGAGGAAAACAAAAAUUAGUUUGUGUUAUUCUUUGACACUGUUAUCCAGACCCAGAACAUGGAGAAAGCCUAAACAACGUGAUCAUGGUGAUAGACAUUCCAAAUAUUCAGUUAAUAAAAUGGAAGUUUGUCCAGACGCUGCUUAUCUGUGUACCCUGCCUAAAAGUUUUGUUGAGCACAAGACAUAUGACUUGUUAUGGUUGUUCUGUUUACAUGUACAAUCGUUUGUCCUUGCUUGCGCUUGCCCAGCUGUAAGAUGCAUCUGUCGGUCUUUU